AAUGCUGCUGCAUAUCUGGCCAUCGUGUCACUUCUGCAUAAUGCAGACUGCACACCACUACUCAAUUUUUAAACACUAACAAGCAAAAAGAUGGAAAAUGGCUCAAAGCAAUGGCGUUUCCAGGGUAGCAAAGAGCUGAACCCGGCAUCAGCAAUCAGUCUGCGAGGUGUUCUUGACCUGGUAAUUGGAAAUCUCAGAACAGAUGAUCCGAGACCCAUCGUUCCCCUUGGCAAUGGCGAUCCCUCACAAUUUCCAUGCUUUAGGACUUCUACAAUAGCGGAAGAUGCCAUAGUUGAUGCCCUCCAUUCAGCCAAGCAUAAUGGUUAUGCACCUCCUCUUGGAGUUCCAUCUGCCAGAAGGGCUAUUGCAGAUUAUCUCAAUCUUGACCUUCCAUACAAGUUAUCUGCGGAUGAUAUUUAUCUUACAAGUGGAUGUAUACAAGCAAUUGAAGUUGCAUUAGCAGCCAUUGCCCGCCCUGGUACCAACAUUUUACUCCCAAGACCAGGCUUCACAUUCUAUGAAUCUCGUGCUGCACAUAACCAUCUUCAAGUCCGUCAUUUUAAUCUUCUUCCUGAUAAGGGUUGGGAGGUUGACCUUGACGCCGUUGAAGCUCUUGCGGGUGAGAAGACUGUUGCCAUGGUUAUUAUAAACCCUGGCAAUCCUUGUGGAACUGUCUACAGCUACGAACAUUUGAAAAGGGUUGCAGAGACAGCAAGAAAGCUUGGAAUUCUGGUAAUUGCUGAUGAAGUUUAUGGUCAUCUUACAUUUGGGAGCACUCCCUUUGUUCCAAUGGCAGUGUUUGGAUCAAUUGUGCCAGUCCUCACUCUUGGGUCUAUAUCAAAGAGAUGGAUCGUUCCUGGUUGGCGACUUGGUUGGCUUGUGACUAGUGAUCCUAAUGGCAUCCUUCGAAAGUCAGGGAUUGUGGACUCAAUUACAGGCUAUCUCAAUAUCACUGCUAAUCCUGCAACCUUCAUUCAGGGAGCAGUUCCCCACAUCUUGGAGAAUACAAAGGAUGAUUUCUUUUCGAAAAUCAUUGUUACUCUAAGAGAGGCUGCAGAGAUAUGCUAUAAUGGAAUUAAGGAGGUACCUUGCCUAAGUUGUGCAAAGAAACCAGAAGGGUCCAUGUUUGUAAUGGUGAAGCUGAACAUUUCCCUGUUGGAAGACAUUAACGAUGACAUGGAUUUCUACAAAAAGCUAGCUAAAGAGGAGUCAGUCAUUAUUGUCCCAGUUGGGUUAACAUUCUGGGCAUCGAACGGCAAGAGGGCCCUGAUUUUUUUCAACGAUUGGAGAUACCGAUAGAGUUGAUGGACAACCAACAGAUUGAUGCAUACAUCAGUGUGUUGCGUAAGCGGGCGCGCGAGCACCAUCCACAACACUACAAGCAGAGAAAUAUGCAUCGUUGACACCAC